AUGCCGUCGGAAGAGGCCUCGAUUCACUCAUCUCAGACGACUCAGAGGGACUGGGAGCGGAAUCACCCUCGCUUACGAGGAGAUCGUUCUCAGUCUCGCAAACAAGCACCAAACCAACAUCAUACUACGAGACGUCACCAAGGCCUCUUAUGCAACUUCCUGGACAUCAGAAUAGUCACCAUCUGCCUUGGUUCUAACCUAGCCCUCCCAUCCACCUCAGAAGUGGAGUUCCACAGGGCAGCGUUCUCUCACCAACGCUUUACACCCUCUACACUGCCAGUUUACCACCCCCAGCGCCAUACAGUAGCUACACCGCAUACGCAGACAGGGCCGUCGGGAAGCCACACAUUUACAGCCAAAAGCAUGAUCAACACCUACGAAAGCAAAUGGAAAAUACAGACCAACACAAAUUCACAGUCAUACCAGGUUAGGAGUGCCAUGGACCGCAAAGGCUUCAAAUUCAUCAAAGUGAUUAGACAUCUUUUACCUGAAAAGCACUGGGGUGCAAGGAAAUCUCAAAAUCGCCGCCAACCCACAGCAACGCAGCUGGUGUGUACUGGAAUUUGCAAGAUUAAACAGAGUUGUGGCCGUGCAAUAACAUUCGUGCGUAGUCAAUACGAAGAGCAAGCUACAUCUUCCCAAAAGCACAUUUUGCAAGAUCCUAUACAAACACACAAGUUUCACCUUUGCAAGCUGGUAGCCGAGCAACCAGAGGGACACACGUUCAGUGCCUUUAAUGCUACCCCAUACCACAUGAGACAUUCAUCUGAAGCUACUAACGAGACGCCUUCGGGCCGGGUGGCGAGGGGCUCCAGAUCACUUACCAAAAUCCCGCAAGAAAUGGGGACUUUCGCCAAUUUCGACCGGAUUUGCAGAUUGUGUGGCAUCGAGAGCAACGACCUGAUCCAUCUCUUCGAAAACACGAGUCAGGACCGCAAUCUGGUGGCCAUAAUCAAGAAGUAUCUGCGCGUUACAGUAAAUAUAAAAGAUGCUCUGCCUCAGCAAGUAUGUGGACCAUGUAUUGCAAAGCUGGACGAGGUGGUGGACUUUAUGGAUGCAAGUCAGUCUACACAGAUAAAGCUCAGGAACCAGCUGAAAGAUAGCUCCUCAGAGAAUAGUGUUCGAAUCCAUGAAGACCAACUGUAUGAGCUGAUUCAAGAUGUCAAAGUGGAGCUGGAAGAAGCAGAGGAGCAGUUUGUCGAUGAUCUUGAUGACGAAGAUUAUGGACCUCAUGGGAGCAGGAGAAGGAAUACUCGGUUGCGGAGUUUGCGAGGACGGAAUGCUGCCAUUAAAGCUGCUGGGAAAAGAGUCGGAAGGCCCAAGAGGAGCAAGACCUUGGUUGAUGCCGGUUCAAAUGGUGAAGCGAGUGUCGUCCAGUUGCAAGAGGGUCACCAUCAGCAAAGAGGAGACGAAGGGGAGGAAACAAAGAAAGAUGAAAGUUUAACACCAUUGGAUUAUGGUGACAGCCUGAUGGAAGAAGCAAAUACGCUUUCUGCACCAGAAGAAAUGGGUAUCCAACAGAAAUGUGCUGUCAGAUGUUGUGUCUGCAAAGCCUCUUUUGAUCAACUAGAGCAGCUGUCAUCACACUCCCUGGAGGCCCAUCAGCUGGAGACACCACGUUACAUGUGUCCACAGUGUCCUCGUACCUUCCCCAAAGUCACAUCUAUGACCAACCACCAGCGGAGGAAACAUCAGGAAACAUUGCAGGGGUGCCCUAAGUGUAGGAAAUUAUAUCCAGCACACUACCUUUGGACUCGUCACAUGUUGGUCCACUCAAACACACGUCCAUUUUCAUGCGACGAGUGUGACAAGAAGUUCAAAAGUAAGCCAGAACUAAUCAACCAUAAGAAGGUUCACAGACCAAGUGAAGAACGCUACACACACUGCUGUGAAGUGUGUGGGAAAAGAUUUACACAGAAAGCAAAUCUUGAAAGCCACCUAAGACUUCACACAGGAAACCGUCCCUUCUCGUGUGAGUUUUGUGGAAAGUGUUUUUCUCAGAGAGGGAACAUGGAGGAACACCGUAGAAUCCACACAGGGGAAAAGCCGUUUGUAUGUGAUGUCUGUGGGGUCAGUUAUUCACGCCAGGGGCAGUUAGCAAUGCACAGAAGAAAACACAAUGGUGAAAAGCCACAUAAAUGCCAGUACUGUGAAAAGGAAUUUCUGCGGAGAGAAGUACUACGUAAGCAUGAACAUAUGCAUACGGAUACACGUCCAUACAAGUGCUCCUACUGUGAAAAAAGUUUCAGAGAUCAAGGAAAGCGCAAGGUGCAUGAGAGGCUCCACACUGGGGAGAGGCCCUAUGAGUGCCAGGUGUGCGGCAGGGGCUUUUGUGAAUCAGGCAACCUGCGCAAGCACUUGCGUGUGCACCAGCGGCGCCCAGGUGCUGUGGUAGCGCCAGCUGCCCCACCUGCAGCAAGGGAGCGAGAUGGCCUCCUGCCCCCUGCAAUCAGUGUGGCUGUUAGCAGUGCUACACCAGGACCCACCAGCUACAGUGUGCCCCAUACAACGUUCACCUUCCCUGGUACCCCUGCAGUGAGGCACGGUGUGGAAGGCAUGGCAGAAGGGUCGCUCAUGCUGGUGCCGGAAGUGUCCGGCUUAGCCACACCUGCCACACACAUUGUGACUUCUAGUAUGCCCCACAACCCCCAACCUGCCUUGGCUGUGCCCAUGACUGGCUCCCCAUGCCCCACCAGCCACCCACUUGUCACCCUUCGGCCGCUGGAAGAGCCAAGGGAAAGUCCUGCCUUGGCCGAGGGCGGCGACAGGGAAGACUACAGGGUGAGCGCCCCCUCUUCAUCCUUCCAGACAGUUGGAUGGGCGCUCUAUCAGACUUAAGUACUCCCUUGUCAAUAUAUGUCUGCCUUCAUUCAAUUUCGAUACCUUGUGCUGGGCUCCCAUAUGAGUGGGGGCUGGGCUCCUUUAGGUGUAUGGGAAUCCUCAAACUAUGGCUUCCCUUUUGAGUGGAAUGUCUGUUAUUGUUUAAAUCGUUAGAACUUUGUGAUGGCAAUGAAGACAUUGUGAAUGAUAAAGAAUUGAAGAAGUUUUAGUUGGAUAUUGAUUUGAAACUUUUACUGUUCAUCUUGAUAUUAUUAUUGUAAUUAUUA